AACCAACUACGCAGCCAAGUACUGUACAGUUGCAGAUCUGUUUGCCCCACCCCACAGGUUUUAGGGUGUUUUAUACUUGACUUCCGACCAGGUGGGCACUUUCAACUAAAGGCCACUUCAUCCCGAAGAAUCGACCAAGUCUUGUACUGUAACAUUUCUUCAGGACUCUGUCUCUGGGGCACAGAGACCAUCAUGGGUGAGAAGCUGCCAGCAAUGCUGUUAUCCCUUCUGAUCAUCCUGAAGGUGUUUGGAUCAACAGAAGCUUCCUGCAGCAUACAUGGUUCUUUCGCUGGCUGCAGCAACCAGAACCUCACCAGUGUUCCUCAGGACCUGCCAGCAGGCAUCACUAUAAUUCACUUGGAGAACAACCUAAUCACAACAUUAAGUCAUUCUGAUUUCUCUCAGUAUGGCAGCUUGACACAUUUACAUCUAGGCAACAAUCAUAUUGCCACAGUCAAUGGCCAUGCAUUCUAUAACUUAUAUAACUAUAAUAAUCAAUCACAUUUGAUUGAUUUGUGGCUUUCUUCUAACCGCCUGUCAAACCUCAGUGCUGACAUGUUCACAUGGCUGACAAACUUGGAGGUCCUUUACUUGGACCAUAAUGAGAUCAGUGAUAUUCAGGCUGGAACUUUCAAUUCAACACCAAAACUGGGACAUUUGCAACUAGAACUGAAUGAGUUAACACAUCUCAGAUCUGACAUGUUCACAGGGCUGGGGAACUUGAACAAGCUUCGCCUGGUCAACAAUGAGAUCAGUGAUAUUCAGGCUGGAACUUUCAAAUCAAUUCCAGGACUGACAGACUUGCGCCUGAGUUAUAACAAGUUAACAAACCUCAGAUCUGACAUGUUCAUAGGGCUAGGAAACUUGGAGGCCCUUUGGCUUGCCAAUAAUGACAUCAGUGAUAUUCAGGCUGGAACUUUCAGUUCAACACCACAACUGAAAAUGUUGUACCUGCCAAAUAACAAGUUAACAAACCUCAGAUCUGAAAUGUUUACAGGGCUGGGAAUCUUGGAGGACCUUUACUUAAACAAUAAUGAGAUCAGUGAUAUUCAGGCUGGAACUUUCAAUUCAACACCAAAACUGGGACAUUUGCAGCUAGAAAUGAAUGAGUUAACACAUCUCAGAUCUGACAUGUUCACAGGGCUGGGGAACUUGUACAGGCUUCGCCUGGACAACAAUGAGAUCAGUGAUAUUCAGGCUGGAACUUUCAAAUCAAUGCCAGGACUGACAGACUUGCCCCUGAGUUAUAACAAGUUAACAAGCCUCAGAUCUGACAUGUUUACAGGGCUGGGGAAGGUGUCCCUUGACUUACAGAAUAAUGAGAUCAGUGAUAUUCAGGCUGGAACUUUCAGUUCAACACCACAACUGAAAAUGUUGUUCCUGCCGAAUAACAAGUUAACAAGCCUUAGAUCGGACAUGUUCACAGGGCUGGGAAUCUUGCAGACCCUUUGGCUGAACAAUAAUGAGAUCAGUGACAUUCAGGCUGGAACUUUCAAUUCAAUGCCACAACUUGUAGACUUGUACCUACAGGACAACAGACUUACAGUCCUAAAUGCAGAGAUGUUUGCAGAACUGUCAGCAAUUAGUGUAAACAUUGUCAACAGCCCAGAACCUUUUUUUGUCGAAGGUAUUAACAUCAACAACAACCCCUGGCAGUGUGACUGUAGGAUGCUUCCCUUCAGGCAGAAGAUGACUGGGUCUCAUUCAUUUGAAAACCAAAUCAUAUGUGAAGGGCCAAUCAAUUUCUCAUAUGGGGUAAGGCUCAAAGAUAUCAGUCCUGAAGAUCUGGUCUGUGAAGAGCCAGUAGCGGGCAUAACUGGUAGAGUGGCACCAAAACAAUCUCAACCUGCUCCCAGUUUCUCCCUCCCUGUUCUCAUUGGCUCUGUGUGUGGUGCAGUAGCAGGUACUGUCCUCAUUGUUACCAUCAUUCUCACAAUCUGGUGCAAGAAGAUGACCCGCCCCAGAACCCUCCCUCAGGCCCAAACAAUCCAGUUGCUUUCAGUAAUGCCUUAGAAAGUGUCACCAUCAGUGGUCACGAUCAGACAGGGCAGGGCGGGGCCGAGACCACAGGACUGGUGAAUCCUUGAAUGACAGAAACUCAGAACACAGCCCAGGGCAUCCUGCCUCUCGGGGUCUUGGGUAAAAUUUCACUAUCUACAAGCAAGACAGGGCCUAGCAGUGCAUUUUCUUAACUUGUCAAUUUUGUACUGAGUUAUGUCAUGAUUCAAAGUAUAAUUUCCAUAUCUAAACAAUUAUUAUGUUAUUAUUUGUUACCAUUUAUACUAUCAUUAUUUUCUCAUCUAUUAAUAUGUUGUUAUUAUUUGUUAUCAUUUACUAUAUUAUUCUCUGACCUAUUACUAUAUUUUGUUUGUUUGAACUUUGAACCCUUAUAUAUUGUUAUUAUCUGUAACAGUAUAAUUUCUGAUUUGUUAAACUUAUAAUUAUUAUAACUGCAGUGUUAUAUAAUUGUUACUUAACUUUGACUGGGGGAGAACUAGAACUUCCCCCCCCUCCCCCAGCACUUGUUCUUCAGAUUCUUUUUGCACUAUGUUUUGUUUGUUAUUUGGC